AUGACUUUAAAUGUUAUCAAGAACUUUGAGUAUGCCGCAUUGAAGCUUCCGAGUGAUAUCGUUAGUGAAACCAGAAAUUCUGUUACUAACUUAUUGAAAACCUUCUUGAAUAGAAAUCAACAUGGUAAUUGCAUUGAAAGAUACAUUACUGUGGCCUUUAAUUCGUGCAAAAGGUUCUUAAAUGAUAAUAGGGAUCUUUUUGUUACAAAAGCUGAUAAAGGCAAUGUCACUGUUGUUAUGGAUAGAUGUUCUUACUUUACACGUAUGAAUGAAUUGCUCGAUGAUCAAACGACUUACAAAAAAUUGGUCAAAGAUCCUACCAACCGUCUUAUGUCCAAGGUUAACGACUUAGUGAAAAUAUGGCUGAGUUCUGGUUUGAUUGACGAAUCCACUCAUAAAUGGUUACGAGUUACGUCCUGCAAUCUAUCGAGAUCCUACGGUCUCCCGAAAAUUCAUAAGGAUGGAUACCCAUUGAGAAUUAUUGUUUCUACGAUAGGUAGUCCUUUUUACAACAUUGCAUGUUUUUUACAUAAGAUCUUAAAUGACUCGAUUUCCAAACCCGUUUUGCAUGUGAAAGAUAGUUGGUCUUUUGUUAGAAAUAUUAGUAACUCCAAAAUUGACGGUAAUGAGAUAAUGGUCUCGCUGGAUGCUACUUCGUUAUUCACUAACAUUCCGAAGGAGCUUGUUUUGAGAGCUAUUGAGAGGAGAUGGCACUUAAUCAGAGAUUCAACAAGUUUUAAUCUCGACUAG